AUGAGGCUUUUCUAUCUCUCUCUGGCCUUGCUGGUCCUGGCCGCCACUGCUUUCGCUAGCAAUGUGCUCGAUCUCACCAACACCAAUGACUUCAACAAAUACAUUGGCAAGUCGCAAGGCGUUCUCGUUAAGUACUACGCACCAUGGUGUGGACACUGCAAGAGUCUCGCACCCAUCUACGAAAAGGUCGCCGAUGCAUUCGUCGAGCAGAAGGACACCGUCUUGAUUGCCAAGGUCAACGCCGACAAAAACAAGGAGCUCGGCCAGAAGGCUGGCGUUCGAGGUUUCCCCACCCUCAAGUGGUACCCUGCUGGAUCGAUCGAAGCCGAAGAGUUCAACUCGGGCCGUGACCUCGACAGCAUCGCCAAGCUCGUCACCGAGAAGAGCGGCAAGAAGAGCACGAUCAAACCUCCCCCUCCUCCCGCCGCCGAGCAGCUCACCAGCCGCAACUUUGACCAGAUCGUCAUGAACAAGGACAAAGACGUUCUCGUUGAGUUCUACGCUCCUUGGUGCGGUCACUGCAAGAACCUCAACCCUAUCUACCAGCAGGUUGCUCAGGACUUCUCCGGUGACGACGACUGCGUUGUUGCUCAAAUGGACGCCGAUGACGAUGCCAACAAGCCCUUCGCUCAGCGAUACGGUGUCUCCUCGUAUCCUACACUCAUGUUCUUCCCUAAGGGCGAUAAGAGCAACCCUCAGCCCUACAACGGUGGUCGUGGCGAAGAGGACUUCAUCAAGUUCCUCAACGAAAAGUGCCAGACUUGGCGAGUUAAGGGCGGUAUGCUCUCUGAACUUGCUGGCCGCAUGCCCACCCUGGACGGCUUUGCUGCUCGCUGGUACACCUCUGCCGCUGACGCAAAGAACACCAUCUACGAAGAGUUCAUCGAGUACGUCAACACCAUGAAGGCCAGCCCAAAGAGCGAUAAGAAGAAGAACGAGGUGGCCGAGUACUACAUGCGCGUACUUGACAAGGCUAACCAGAGCGCAGGUUACAUUGAGAAGGAGACCAAGCGUUUGACUACCAUCCUCAGGAAGCAUGCUGAAGGUACGAGCCAGCUUGCUGGUAAGAAGGUGGAUGAGCUUACAAAGAAGAAGAACGUGUUGUUGGCUUUUGUCAACGAGCGUAUUGCUGCUCAGGCUGACAAGCAGAAGAAGGAGUUUGAAAAGAAGGAGGCUGAGAAGCACAAGCAGGAGCUUUGA